GCCAGCCCCCUUCCACCUGCGCUCCGCGCGGUCCCGCGUUUUCGUGUUGACAUUCGGAUCGGAGCGAAGAGGGGCGUGUGGGUGCUCACACGGGCGACUAGGCCGUUUAUUUUAACUAAUUUGUAGGAAUUGUGAACAAGAAUGGACUCGUCUUUGCUCGACGAAAACGGGAAUUCAUUACCGUCGUUCACAUCCACACCAAAGGCAAAAAGGAAGCGGCCUAUAUACGAGUGCCCAUACUGUGGGAAAGAAUAUUUAGUUCAAUUUUACUUUAAAAAUCAUGUCGAGUCUCACUUGUCCCAAGCUCAACUUGAUGUCAGUCAGGAUGUUCACUUGGAUGUCAGUGAUUUAUCCAUUAUUGAAGACACCCCUGCUUUCAAAAAGCCAGCACCACCUGCCUCACAAAAGAAGACUACAACAAAAACUGUUGCAAAGAAAACAGACAGCAAGAGGCCAAAAUUAAUAUGCACUUAUUGUUUGAAAGAAUAUAUAUGUACUAGGUCUUUCAAAUCUCACCUAAGAACUCAUACUAUUCAAGUUGCUGCUAUGAAAUACCCAGACACAGAGAAAAUUCUUGAUAACGUAGUUGAAAUUUCCAAUGCUGCUCUGACAUCUGUUUCCAAUUGUCCUAGUUACGGGAAAUGUGGUGAACAAUUUAGGGCAUUUCUUGGUCAUGUAAUUUCAGAACCAGAAAAGUUUGAAAAGUUUAGUGCAGACAUUGCAAGAGAAGAGUUAACUGCUAUUUCUAAAAAGAAAUGUCUUCUCCCACAUGCCCUUGUGAAUGCACUUUUUCAGAAAAUGGAGGAAAUUUUAUCUGAUGAUAAUUUUUGUGAAGCUGUUCUGUCUGUCUUUGAGGGCCCAUUGUUUUCAAGUAAUGUACAGUCCCAAUUCCUUCUAGAAUUUUUGUUGAAUUUCACCACAGAAAUUUUUAAAUUUAUAUCUAGACAUUUUAGGAGUGGUGUGACUAUUCAUCAUUUAUCAAAGCAAAUUCCUGAAUUAGAUGCUGAAGACAGGCAUGUGAUAUUUCAUGUUGGUGGGUCCAUUAUGCAAGGGUACCUAAGAAUCGGUAAAAGAAAUAAAGGAAACACAAAGUGGCAAACUGUUACUAAGACUUUACGGGACAGGCUACUCUCAACUGAAUCUGAAGUGGGUGCAGAUGCAGCGUGGACCAAGGAUUUGGACAAUGGUGGUUUGCUGUAUAUUUGUAAGCCUUUGCAGGAUUUUUUUAUAAAAUUGACGGCAAUUGUCUAUGCUAGUGAGAAGAGUGAUGGUUCCAUUCCAUACGAACAAGUACUCAGCAAGGUAGUUAAUUCUGAUGUUUCAGUUCUCUGGGAUAAUGUUAUCAAAGAUUCUUAAUCUGAGGAACUUUCUGUAGGCUUAUUGAAUGAUGUCGUCCUGUGUUUCUGUAAAGCUUGUGGUCGUGGUGUAGCCAAGAGGAAACUAAAUGAGUUGCGGGAGAGGCCUGUCAUUGGCAUGGCAACUCGACAUGCAGUUGCUUCUCGGAAGAAGUAGUAACAUGUUAGUGAUUUUGGGUGGGAUUGUGAUUCUAAAGUAUUUUAU